GCAUGUGCCUGGUGGAGCCGGAAUCGUUCAGUAGAGUCGAGGACGAUGGACGACUGUAACUGUGUCUUUGGCGUCGUGGGCGCGUCAUGCCGCUACGGGGCGUCACUCGACAUCUUACUGCGUCAUGCGCGCACGCAACUGCAGUCCCUCCAGCGCGUCCCCUGACUUGGCUCCUCUCCUGUCCACAUCCAUUGUGAGCAUCUCCAAGGAGUCGCAUCUUUCGUACGGCAUCAUGGUCCAAUACGGCGAUCGCCGGUGGGUUGUGUACAAGAGGUACUCGGAGUUUCGCCGUCUGCGCAACUCGUUGCUUGAGCUCACAGCGGCCGCUGACUGUGCUUGCCGCAGCGUCUACCUGCCAUUGUCGUCCAUGUCGUUUCCGAGGAAGAAACUUCGCAUGUUCUUCUCUAACGACCGCACGAUCGAUCAAGUCGCGAUGGAGCGCCGCGCAGCCCUCAGCCAAUUCCUCGCCGUUACCGUCACGCUCCUCGCCGACAGUGUCGCCCUGUGCGACCCGUCAACGUGCCCGAUCCUGCCGCUCCUCAAGACGUUCCUCCAAGUUCAGCGACACACCCAGUUCCCGGCAACGUCCCCCUUCCAAACCCUGUCCGCCAAACGCACCGCGUCAUUGGAUCCGUGGGUGUACACGAUCCGGGAAGACGCUCAAACUAUCGACUGCAAUCCUCGAUGCCCCGUCGCGUCUCGAUAAUGGGGAGCGGCGGCGUUCGCCGCUGCCUCCAUAUUUAACGCUGCAACAACGUUUGCAAGAUCUGCGUUAGAAUUCCGACUGGGACGGUGGCGCAGUGUGUGCGAUGGCCGCUAGCACGGUCGAGACGGCUUCGGGAAUGCGCUGGACUGGUCGGCUCUUUUUCCCGGCGAGGAUCUGAGCUGUCCGAUGGGGAGCAUUUC